AUGAAAUUCGGCGAGCAGCUCCGGUCGAGCAUUAUCCGUGAGUAUCAGUGGUAUUACAUUGACUACAAUGGUCUGAAGGCCGAGCUUAAAAAUGCCACGGGCCCUUCAAAGGCUGGUGGUGGCUCUGGAAACGAGUGGACCGAGGAGGAUGAGAUUCGAUUUGUUGGCAAGCUCGAGGCUGAGCUGGAGAAGGUGCAUACGAAGCAACAGGUCAAGGCCAUGGAGAUUUCUAGGCGUAUUGCAGUCAGCGACCACGAGGUCAAGGAUGUCGUCAAUCGAUUGAAUGAGCGUGGCCUGAAAGAGGAUGGUCCUAGCGAGGAGGAAUUUCUGCUGCUGGAGGAGGACUUGAGCGACAUCAUUGCCGACGUCCAUGAUCUUGCCAAGUUUGUGCAGCUCAACUACACGGGCUUCUACAAAAUCAUCAAGAAGCAUGAUAAACUGACGGGCUGGCAUCUUCGUCCUGUUUUUGACACUCGACUCAAGGCAAAGCCGUUUUACAAGGAAAAUUACGAUGCUUCCGUCAUUCAGCUGUCUAAGCUGUACGAUGUGGUGCGAACCCGUGGCAACCCUGUCAAAGGUGACAGUGCUGCCGGAGGUGGCCAGGCCAACUUUGUUCGUCAGACAACAAAGUAUUGGGUCCAUCCUGACAACGUCACCGAGCUGAAGCUCAUCAUCCUGAAGCACUUACCAGUGCUUGUGUUCAAUGCCAGCAAGGAGUUUGAGCAGGCGGAUUCGGCUAUCACGUCUAUCUACUAUGACAACCCUGAGAAAUGGGACUUGUACGAGGGGCGAUUGAAGAAGACCGAGGGAGCCGAAGCCAUACGACUAAGAUGGUAUGGUGGGAUGCAAAACGAGACUAUUUUCGUCGAGCGAAAGACUCACCGAGAAGAUUGGACCGGCGAAAAGUCCGUCAAGGCUCGUUUUUCCAUCAAGGAGAAGAAUGUCAACGCAUAUAUGCGUGGUGAACUUCUUCCGGCCGCCAUUUUUGAAAAAGCACGCAAGGAAGGCAAGAAGUCGGAGAAGGCUGUCGCAGAAGAUGAACGGUUGGCCUCCGAAAUCCAGUACUCCGUGUUGAAGCAUGGCUAUAAGCCUGUGUGCCGCUCAUUUUACAACCGAACUGCCUUCCAGCUGCCAGCGGACGCUCGAGUUCGAAUUUCUCUGGACACCGAGCUCACUAUGGUUCGUGAAGACAAUCUCGACGGACGUCAACGAAGCGGUGACAACUGGAGACGCAUGGAUAUUGGGAUCGACUGGCCAUUCUCACAGUUACCCGCCGAGGAUGUUGUCCGAUUCCCCUAUGCCGUCCUCGAAGUGAAACUGCAGACCCAAAUGGGACAGGAGCCUCCCGAAUGGGUGCGUCAGCUCAUCGCAUCGCACUUGGUCGAGGCGGUGCCCAAGUUCUCCAAGUUCAUCCACGGUACGGCCUGUUUGUUCCCUGACCGAAUCAAGCUUUUGCCUUUCUGGAUGCCACAAAUGGAUGUAGAUAUCCGCAAGCCUGCUUCACAUGACUUUGGUAUCCGCAGACCUGGUCUGUCGGGAACAACCAACACCUCGGAUGAUGAUGAUGAGGAUUUAGACUCCGAUGACGAGGAACUGAGGUUGGCAGCUCGUCCAGCAACCUCGAAUGGCCAAUCUGGCUCACGCUCGCUUCCGGGACCAAGUGAUACGGAAGGCCAGACAGCCGACCACGCAGUUGCCAAUGAUGAGGACUAUCUAAUAUAUGAUUCCGAUGACGAGUAUGAUCCCAAUUACGAGCUGGAAGAAGCAAGACGAGUUGGAGGAUGGCACUACUACCAUACCCUCUUUACCACUAAAGGACGAGCACUACGUGAUGGCACCCUCAACGUUCUGAAGCACUUGGUUCCUGCUCCUCGAAGCACACAGGUUCCGCGUAGUGAUAGGCUACAGAUGCUCUUCGGCUCCAGCUCCAUUCAGCAGAAAAAGUUCAAGGCACCACCUGGCAAAAAAAUUUACGUUCCUGUCCGUGUCGAGCCCAAGGUGUACUUUGCCGCAGAACGAACUUUCCUCGGAUGGCUCGAAUACUCAAUCUACAUUGGCGCUAUUGCGAUUACCCUCCUCAACUUUGGUGAACAUCCAACUCCUACAUCGUUCCUGGUCGCAGGCGUAUUUACACUCCUUGCGAUCCUGAGCUUGUGUUAUUCAGUUGGAAUUUACUUGUACAGAAGCAGAUCGAUUCGAAACCGCAAGGCGGCUCGAUUCUAUGACAAAUGGGGACCUAGUGUUCUCUGCGUGUCAUUGUUUAUUGCCGUGGCAUUGAACUUUGGCUUUGAGGGCAGAGAAAGAAAUAUUUGGUAA